GGCAGAACUGAUAUCCGCUUCACCGGCGCCUUCCUUAGGAAGACCGGGCAGCUGACGCGCCUGUGAAGCCUUCACAGGACGACACCAGCUCAUGUGAACGACUAGAUCGCCGCGGCCCAAAACAACAACACUCUCCGCCGCCGCCAAGGUUGGGGCCGCCUUCCUCAGCAAGACAGGCGCCCACCACGCCAGUGUGUUGAGGAAGAGAGAACGAGGACAACAGCAACACACUCCGCCGCCGCCAAGACCACGCCUACUUCUCCUACAUGUUAGUCGGGCCGCCUUCCUCAGCCAGACAGGCCGCCCACCACGCCAGUGUGUGGAGGAAAAGAGAACGAGGACAACAACACAGCCGCUGCAAAGGUUGGGCUGCUUCACCUGCGGGGCUGGACAGCAGCAUGGGUGGCCAGGACAAGCAGGAGCAGGCUGUUGCAGGGGACAGGAGGGUCAACAGUCAUCAGAUGCAGCAACUUGCUGCUGGCAACUCCAGCAACAAAAAAGAGAGAAAGUUUGUGUGUCUGGAGUGUGAAAAAGGAUUCAAUACAAGGUCUGGCCUCAGAUAUCACACCCUUACACACUAUGAAUGUAAGGAAUGUGGGAAAAAAUUCAGUCAAAAAGGUACCCUUAAUACACAUACCCUUACACACACUGGUGUAAAGGACUAUGAAUGUAAGGAAUGUGGGAAAAAAUUCAGUCAAAAGGGUACCCUUGAUAAGCACACCCUUACACACACUGGUGUAAAGAACUAUGAAUGUAAGAAAUGUGGGAAAAUUUUAAGCCAAAAGAGUGCCCUUAAUAGACACACCCUUACACACACUGGUGUAAAAAACUAUGAAUGUGAGGAAUGUGGGAAAAAGUUCAGCCGGAAGAGUAACCUUGAUAGACACACUCUUACACACACUGGUGUGAAGAACUACGAAUGUAAGGAAUGUGGGAAAAAAUUUAGCCUGAAGAGUACCCUUGAUGGACACACCCUUUCACACACUGGUGUAAAGAACUAUGAGUGUAAGGAAUGUGGGAAAAAAUUCAGCCUGAAGAGUCACCUUAAUACACACACCCUCACACACACUGGUGUAAGAAGUCAUGAGUGUGAAGAGUGUGGGAAGAGAUUCAGUGUCAAAUCAGAACUCAAUCGACACAUCUUCAGGCACUAUGGCCUUAGAGAGUUCAAGUGUGAUAUUUGUGGAAGGCUCUUUAAGACAAAGCCCGACAUUGCCAGACACAUGAAAACUCACUUCAAAAGUGUUUAUCUACAGUAGUUAUGUUAUUGUGUGUGACAGUGUUAUGCUCUGAAGGUUUUCAAACGCCAAAUUUGUCUGUUUGUCUUCAUGAAUCAGAAUUUAUUUCUUGCUAAGGUUUACAAAUUAUUUUCCUUAUAGUAAAAUAUUAAAUGAAUUUCUGUGUGUAAGUGUCUUUGAGUGUGUGUGUGUAUUGACCUAUUUAUAGUAUACAGACAGUGAACCCUACACUAUGGACGGGAAACUUGCCCCCGCCCUGUCAUUAAGCCACGAAUUUUGGAAAAUCAACUGCUUUGGUGCAAAUCGCCAUAACUCCCUUAUUUCUGGGGCUACAGAAAUGUUUUUGGUAUCAGUCGACGGCAAAGUGAAAGGGCUAUAUUUUUUAAUAAGCGAUCGGGCUCAAAAAACGACUUGAAAGGGUAAAAAAUCAAAUAAAUUCGCAAUAAAUAACUGGUAAAAUACUAUUUUUGAGUUCCCAACCUUGAAACCCACUAAUUUUUUGAGAAUUUCAAAAAACUUAUUUAACAAAUAAUUUAGCCCUACCAAUGUGCUUUCCAAUAUGAUGCAAAACAUUUCCCUACUCCCAGUAGUUUCGUUGCUAGAGCUUGAAAUGUAAACCCUUUUGAGAGCGAUUUUGACGAAUUCCAGACACUUUGCCGUUUUUGUCUAGUGUGGAAUUGCUAUUGCCUCUAGAAGGCUAUAAUUUGGCAUGUAGCACCUAUUGGCAAUGUAGUUUGACCAGCUUGAAGGAUUUUUUGAUAGAUCAAUUCCAAGUUUGUCGUCGAGCCGUCACAAAAUAGCCUGUUUUUCAGCCCUUUUGCCACGAUUUGGACACGUCCUAGUUUUUUGCUUAUAACUUUUUUAGUUAGUGCUUUCCAUUUUUUUUUUUUUUUUUCUGAUUAUUAAUCUGUAUUGAUAGAGCUUUAAUUUGCCACCAUGCACACCUUCCUAGCUUCAGUAGUUUUUGCUCGAGCUUGACCAGAAGUCGCAACGAAAAUUCGCCAAAUCUGACUCAUUUCACGCGCCGUGACGAAAAACCUUCCUGACGACACAAAAAUUAAUAUAUCUGCAUACAAAUUCACAUAUGAACACUUCAAUAUGUUGACCAUCUUGUAUUAAAAUCAUUUUAAGAUAUCUAUAUAAAAAGCUACUAUUUUUAUAUAAUCAUUUCACUAUACAAAUCAACCAAUAUUAAAUGCCUUAUUAUACAUGUUAUUUUAUAUUUUAUUUAGUAUUCAACCCUAUUUCUUCCCAUUUAUGAAUAAUACAUAUAAUUUGCUUUC